AUGGAGGGGGCCCAGGACAGCUCUGCGUCUGAUCCAGGAGCCAUUAGGCCAGGAGACGACUGGAGCUCCCCAAGAGAAAUCCCCAACCUGCUGCAGAUGCUCCAGGCCUCAGAAAGCAGGAGAAUGGGACUGGCCAAGGACAGAGGGGCAGGCAGCCCUGUGGGAGAGGUCACCGAGGCGCUCAAGACGGACAUGCAAAUACAAGUGAGUGACCAGGACCAGGAUUGUGGCCAGCAUCACACCUUGAUGCCACAGGGCUCUCGCUCUCACUCCUCCAAUGAAACCUCCUCAGUGAAUGGUGACAACUUCACAGAUCCUGAAAGUCCCAGAAACAUAGUCCAGACGACCUCCAGAGGCCUGAAUGACUUUUGCGUCAAAGACAUAAAAAAUGUGGCGUCUGGACGAAAAGAAAUCAGACUGGCAGAACAAGAGAUGCCAGCACUGAUGGAGCUGAGGAGGAGGGCAGGAGGAGAGAGGCCUUUAGCUGGAGCCAAGAUAGUGGGCUGUACUCACAUCACUGCACACACUGCUGUGCUGAUAGAGACCCUCUGUGUGUUGGGGGCCCAGUGUCGGUGGGCGGCGUGUAACAUCUUCUCCACCCAGAACCGUGUGGCCGCAGCUCUCGCCGAAGCAAGUGUAGCUGUGUUCGCCUGGAGGGGACAGAGCGAAGAGGACUUCUGGUGGUGCAUUGACAAGUGCAUCAGUGGAGCCUGCUGGCAGCCCAACAUGAUUUUAGACAACGGAAGCGACAUGACGCACUGGAUCCAGAAGAAAUACCCGAGCAUCUUCAAGCAGCUCAACGGGAUCGUGGAGGAAAGUGUGACCGGAGUGUACAGACUGUACCAGCUCUCCAAGGCCAGCCGCCUCAUCGUCCCGGCCAUCAACGUGACCGACUGCGUGACCAAGCAGAAGUUUGACAACCUGUACUGCUGCAAGGAGUCCAUACUGGAUGGGCUGAAGAAGGCCACCAACGUAAUGCUGGGGGGCAGACAGGUGGUGGUGUGUGGCUAUGGAGAGGUGGGUAAGGGCUGCAGCGCCGCUCUCAAGGCCCUGGGAGCAGUGGUGUACGUGACCGAGGUGGACCCCAUAUGUGCCCUGCAGGCUGUCAUGGACGGCUUUCAGGUGAUCAAACUGGGGGAGGUGGUGCGACAGGCGGACAUGGUCAUCACAUGCACAGGAAACAAAAAUGUGGUAAUGCGUGAACACAUGGACCGGAUGAAGAACCGCUGCAUUGUGUGUAACAUGGGCCACUCCAACACCGAGAUCGACCUGGCCAGUCUGCGCACGCCUGAGCUGCAGUGGGUCCGAGUGCGGCCCCAUGUGCAGCAUGUGGUGUGGCCCGACGGGAAGAGGAUCCUCCUGCUGGCCGAGGGCGGCCUGCUGAACCUGAGCUGCUCCACAGUGCCUUCUCUGGUCCACUCCAUCACUGCCACCACACAGGUUCUGGCUCUCAUGGAAUUAUACAACUCCAGAGACGGACGCUACAAGCAAGAGGUCUACCUGCUGCCCAAGAAGAUGGAUGAGUAUGUGGCCAGUCUCCACCUGCGCUGCUUCGACGCUCACCUCACAGAGCUGACGACGGAACAGGCCAAAUACCUAGGGGUCAGCAAACAGGGGCCCUUCAAACCCCACUACUACAGAGUUUCAGCCAUAAGUGACUCCAGUCUUCUCCAAACAGGUACUGAUCUGCAGGGCGCAGAGGCAAUGGCGCCCCCUGGAGGAUAA